AUGAACAUGUUAGAUGAUGAAGAUGACCAAAGCUUUCACGUUGCGCGUGACGGCUACUCCCAUUUGAUCGAUGUCGAAUGGGAUGCGGUUGAACGAAUGGGUUCAACCAUGGGCAUCCAUGCUGUUAGCGUCAUGCUAGAGGCUCUCAAUAGAGAUGCCCAACAUGCUACUAUCGCCAAGUUCAUUCAAAAUGAACUUGACGCUAAACGCGAGAAAGUAGCCUUGCUUCACCAACAAGGUUCUCAACAAUCAGAGUUGUUGAGAGAACAGGGUGCUCAACAGUUUGAACUGUUGAGACAGCAGCAGGCUGCUGCUGGUGGGUCGAUGCACUCGCGUCGACCAGAAACCUUGAAGAUUGACAUCUUCAAGUAUAGGGGAGUCGAAGAGGACUCCUUCUUGAGAUGUUUCGUCGAAUUAGACGACGCCAUAAGGGCGCGUCGCAUCGACGACGGGGAUAUGCAAUUUGCAUUCUGGUAG